AUGGCAAAUCGAGGUGCUGGCACUGCUUUGGGCAGUUCUGCCACGUCUUCUCCUGAGGCACCUUCUUCGUCUUCUUCACCAUCUGGCACCUCUUCAACCCCCAUGGCUGCAGCUGACCAAACUUCAUGCAAUGCCCGCGGUCUUUUCCGCUUAGGGCCCCGUUCUCUUCAUUCUCUUAGGCGUCUUAAGGAGCUGGAAGAGGCGGAUGCUACCUUAGGUACUCUGCAGGGAAGUGAGUUUUCGAGAGCAGAACCGAGUGAUUCAAUAGGGUCUACAGGUGCCGCCACAGCUCCUGAGGAUGCUGCGGACGGAGGCUCGGAUAGCGAUGAUGAUACAUUUGAGGUGGUCAGAAGCAUGAAGGAUCUGCAACGCAUGCGCGGAGGGCCACGGAAGGGCUUGGAUGUUCGUGCUGGACUAGAGGAAGUAACCGAGGAGAACGAAGAUGAGGAGGAAGAAGACGCUAUGGGCCUCCUUGAGAAGAAUUUCGCCGCCGGGGGCCCUGGAUCUGGCUCAGAUCGACACUUGGAGGAGUUUCUGCGCGAGAGAAUGAAAAAUAAAGAGCACGAAAGUCGCGAGGAGAGGGCCAUAAGGGAGCAUGAUGUGGUAGACAAGAUGCGGGACCUGUACGCCAUCCCAGACCACUUGAAGGUAGCUGACAAAACAGAGGUAUACAAGGAUCAGAUGAACUGGGUCACAGGCCUUGUCGAGGUCGAGCUUCCGAUGGAGAACAAACUGAAGAACAUUGAGGCUACGGAAAGGGCUAAGCGCCAACUCCUUCGAAAGGGUUUGCUUGAAGAAGCCGAGGAAAACCCAGAUGACCCUGAUGUUGUUCGAAAAACCGCCUUUGGACAGCGUUAUACUUGGUACAUUCCGGAUUACCAGUAUAAGAAGAAGCAUGGUCCACAAGCACAAAAGGCCCGGGAUGGGCAUGAGGUCAAGCAGUUUGCGAAAAGGACGAAGCGGAUGAAUGAGGGCAGAGGCAGAGUUGGCAUUGCGCCUAUGUGA